AUGGUACCUGUAGGGCGGCAGCUGCGCGAGGCGGCGCAGCUCGUGCGCAGGCCGGGCAGCCCGCCAGCAGCACGUUAUCUAUACAAACACAUGGUACCUGUAGGGCGGCAGCUGCGCGAGGCGGCGCAGCUCGUGCGCAGGCCGGGCAGCCCGCCAGCAGCACGUUCUCUAUACAAACACAUGGUACCUGUAGGGCGGCAGCUGCGCGAGGCGGCGCAGCUCGUGCGCAGGCCGGGCCGCCCGCCAGCAGCACGUUCUCUAUACAACCAACACACGGUACCGGUAGGGCGGCAGCUGCGCAAGGCGGCACAGCUCGUGCGCAGGCCGGGCAGCCCGCCAGCAGCACGUUCUCUAUACAAACAACACACGGUACCUGUAGUGCGGCAGCUGCGCAAGGCGGCGCAGCUCGUGCGCAGGCCGGGCAGCCCGCCAGCAGCACGUUCUCUAUACAAACACAUGGUACCUGUAGGGCGGCAGCUGCGCGAGGCGGCGCAGCUCGUGCGCAGGCCAGGCAGCCCGCCAGCAGCACGUUAUCUAUACAAACACAUGGUACCUGUAGGGCGGCAGCUGCGCGAGGCGGCGCAGCUCGUGCGCAGGCCGGGCAGCCCGCCAGCAGCACGUUAUCUAUACAAACAACACACGGUACCGGUAGGGCGGCAGCUGCGCGACGCGGAGCAGCUCGUGCGCAGGCCGGGCAGCCCGCCAGCAGCACGUUCUCUAUACAAACACAUUGUACCUGUAGGGCGGCAGCUGCGCGAGGCGGCACAGCUCGUGCGCAGGCCGGGCAGCCCGCCAGCAGCACGUUCUCUAUACAAACAACACACGGUACCUGUAGGGCGGCAGCUGCGCGAGGCGGCGCAGCUCGUGCGCAGGCCGGGCAGCCCGCCAGCAGCACGUUCUCUAUACAAACACAUGGUACCUAUAGGGCGGCAGCUGCGCGAGGCGGCGCAGCUCUUGCGCGAGGCGCGCGCGCAGGCCGGGCAACGCGGCGCCGCCGCCCGCCACCAGCACGUUUUCCGCGAGCGCUCGCCGCGCGUCGAUGGGACACUGCCAUUACAUCAACCCUAA